GUUUUGUUUGUUCUGGCUGAUAUCACGCAAACUUUUUGAGAGGCUGAGCGGAACAAAACAGACCACUCACCACUCUGCGUUGACAAGGUCCAGUGACGACUGACGAAGUUUACUGAGGAAUCUCCGAGACUUGGGCUUGGAAAAGCCGUUUGUUUUAGCUUUUUAAGGUUAUGGAUUCAUUUGAGCCAGAUGGUAAUGGAGUAGCAAAUGGGAAUGGAGCAACAAAUGGGAAUGGAGCACAGGAGGCAUUGCCACCUCCUCCCCCUGUUAUUCCUCCAAAUGUUGUUCCAGUCCGCGCAGAAGGAGACCAACCUCCUGAACCAGUUAAGAAAAAGGUUAUGCGAGUUCCCAUUGCUAGGCGUGGUCUUGCAAACAAAGGACAGAAGAUACAACUGCUUACUAAUCACUUCAAAGUUGGGGUCAAUAAUGUUGAUGGCCAUUUCUUCCAUUAUAGUGUUUCUUUGGCCUACGAAGAUGGUCGCCCUGUUGAUGGUAAAGGUGUUGGUAGAAAAGUGAUUGAUAGGGUGCAGGAGACUUAUGAUACUGAGUUAGCUGGAAAGGACUUUGCUUAUGAUGGGGAGAAGAGUUUGUUCACUGUUGGUCCACUUCCCCGCAACAAGCUUGAGUUUACUGUUGUACUUGAGGAUGUCAUAUCAAAUAGAAAUAAUGGAAACAGUAGCCCUAAUGGUCACGGAAGUCCUAAUGAGGGUGACCGAAAGAGGAUGCGGCGUCCUUAUCAGUCAAAGACAUUCAAAGUGGAGAUUAGCUUUGCUGCAAAAAUUCCCAUGCAGGCCAUUGCAAAUGCCCUAAGGGGUCAAGAAUCAGAGAACUCACAAGAAGCCCUAAGAGUGUUGGAUAUUAUAUUGAGGCAGCAUGCAGCUAAACAGGGCUGCCUGCUUGUUCGUCAAUCUUUCUUUCACAAUGAUCCAAAAAAUUUUGCAGAUGUUGGAGGUGGUGUUCUUGGCUGCAGAGGAUUUCAUUCAAGUUUUAGAACCUCCCAGGGUGGCUUGUCUCUGAAUAUUGAUGUAUCAACUACCAUGAUUAUACAGCCUGGACCGGUGGUGGAUUUCUUAAUUGCCAACCAGAAUGUGAGAGAUCCCUUCUCACUUGAUUGGUCAAAGGCUAAACGAACACUCAAAAAUCUGAGGAUUAAGACGAGUCCUGCCAAUCAAGAGUUCAAGAUAACUGGAUUGAGCGAGAAGACAUGCAAAGAUCAAAUGUUUACACUGAAGCAGAGAGGAAAUGAUGCUGAUGGUGAACCUCAGACGAUAGAAGUGACUGUCUAUGAUUAUUUUGUUAAUCAUCGUGGUAUAGAAUUGCGAUAUUCUGGAGAUCUACCAUGUAUUAAUGUUGGGAAGCCAAAGCGCCCAACUUUCUUCCCUCUUGAGCUUUGUUCAUUGGUGUCCUUGCAACGUUACACAAAAGCUUUAUCCACUCUUCAAAGAGCUUCACUAGUGGAAAAAUCAAGGCAAAAGCCACAAGAGAGGAUGAAGGUUUUGUCUGAGGCUUUGAAAUGUAACCAUUAUGAUUCUGAACCGUUGCUACGUUCAUGUGGCAUUUCAAUCAGUACUAGCUUUACUCAAGUUGAUGGCCGUGUUCUGCCAGCCCCAAGGUUGAAAGUGGGCAAUGGAGAGGAUUUCUUUCCUAGGAAUGGUAGAUGGAAUUUCAACAACAAGAAAUUAGUGCAGCCAACAAAGAUUGAACGCUGGGCUGUAGUGAACUUCUCAGCGCGUUGUGAUACACAAAGUCUUGUACGGGAUCUAAUUAAAUGCGGAGAUCUGAAAGGAAUUCAAAUAGAUGCUCCAUUCGAUGUGUUUCAAGAGAAUCCUCAGAAUAGACGCGCUCCACCCAUGGCCAGAGUGGAGAAGAUGUUUGAGGAUAUACAAUCAAAACUUCCUGGUGCUCCACAGUUUCUUCUAUGCUUGCUUCCCGAGAGAAAAAACUCCGAUCUUUAUGGUCCAUGGAAGCGAAAGAAUCUAGCUGAGUAUGGAAUAGUCACUCAGUGCAUUGCUCCUACUAGGGUUAAUGACCAAUAUCUUACCAAUGUUCUUUUGAAGAUCAAUGCAAAGAUGGGUGGUUUGAAUUCAUUACUAGCUGUUGAACACACUCCUUCAAUCCCAUUGGUUUCCAAGGCUCCCACCAUCAUACUUGGGAUGGAUGUGUCUCAUGGCUCUCCUGGGCAGUCUGAUGUACCAUCAAUUGCUGCGGUGGUCAGCUCAAGGCAGUGGCCAUUGAUUUCUAAAUAUAGGGCAUCUGUUCGGACACAGUCCCCGAAGGUUGAAAUGAUAGAUUCCUUAUUUAAGAAAACAUCUGAAACUGAAGAUGACGGCAUAAUGAGGGAGCUUCUGCUGGACUUCUAUACAAGCUCAGGGAAAAGAAAACCAGAUCAGAUUAUCAUAUUCAGGGAUGGAGUCAGUGAAUCGCAAUUCAACCAAGUGUUGAACAUUGAACUGGAUCAAAUCAUUGAGUCCUGCAAGUUUCUCGAUGAGAAGUGGAACCCAAAGUUUGUGGUAAUUGUUGCACAGAAAAACCACCAUACGAAAUUCUUCCAGCCUGGAUCUCCUGAUAAUGUUCCACCUGGAACUGUUAUAGAUAACAAAGUUUGUCAUCCACGAAACAAUGAUUUCUACCUAUGUGCACAUGCUGGAAUGAUUGGUACCACGAGGCCUACGCAUUACCAUGUCCUGUUAGAUGACGUUGGUUUUUCAGCAGAUGAUCUACAGGAACUUGUGCAUUCCCUGUCAUAUGUGUACCAGAGAAGCACCACUGCCAUUUCUGUAGUUGCUCCUAUAUGUUAUGCACACUUGGCAGCCACCCAAAUGGGACAGUUCAUGAAAUUUGAGGAGUUAUCUGAGACAUCCUCAAGCCAUGGUGGAGUGACUUCUGCUGGAGCUGUUCCUGUCCCGCAACUUCCCAGAUUGCAGGAGAACGUGUGCAACUCGAUGUUCUUUUGUUGAGAGGCUUGUACCCUCUGCCUAUGAAAAAUGACAGUAGUAUUAUGAACACAUGGUCUGUAUAUAGCCGUAGUUUUUGGUGUGGCCUCCCCUGGCUGUGGAGACGUUGGACCACCUUUUUGAUAUGUUGAUGUCUAGGCCUGUCAGUGGUACCUCUUAAUUUUCUGCACUUAUAUGCUGCUGCUUGUACUGUGGCCAUCCUAGUAACUUGUAUCUACUGACUGUGUGAAGUCUAGUUACUGAUGGUUUUGUUUUGGAAUCAUAGACCUGGGUUUGAUCUGGAUGGCCAGUUACAGAAGUUUAUCUUUUUGUAGCAUUUAUCAAUUUGGUUAUGAAAUGAAUGUGGGGAGCCACAUGGUGAUUUUACUUA